CGUAUAUCCUGCGAUCCAGUUCGCAAGCUUCAUGUUACCAUUUUCUCGAUAUGCCUUGAGAAUCUUCAGCCGGGCAGGCACCAGGCCUGUCUGUCUUGCAGUCCGAACGGCUUCGACGGCGGCCACUCCGGUCAUCGUUCCGCCGCCGGACCCAGCCCUACCCUCAGCUUCGCCGCUUCAAGUUACACUGCGCGAGUACCAGGAAGAAUGCAUACAAUCGGUGCUAUCGUACCUGGAGAAGGGUCACAAGAGACUAGGGGUGUCUUUGGCGACUGGGAGCGGGAAGACUGUUAUCUUCACGCAUCUAAUCGACCGUGUACCGUCCGUCGAGGAAGCCUCGCAGACACUCAUCCUAGCCCACCGGCGUGAACUGGUCGAGCAAGCUGCGCGGCAUUGUACCCUAGCGUACCCAGAUAAACAUGUGGAUAUUGAGAUGGGGAAUCAUCAUGCGUCUGGGGCAGCAGAUAUCACGGUGGCGUCGAUACAGAGUAUCAUGUCUGGCGAUAGACUGACCAAGUUUGACCCGUUGAGGUACAAGCUGGUCCUUGUGGAUGAGGCACACCACAUCGUCAGCUCGCAGUACUUGGAACUGUUGGAGCAUUUUGGGCUCAGGCAUGAGAACGAUUGGACCCAGGUCUCAGCACCUGCUCUUGUUGGUGUGUCCGCCACGUUCUCUCGGUUUGACGGCAGAAGAUUAGGCGCAGUGAUUGACCAUAUCGUCUAUCACCGUGAUUAUAUCGACAUGAUUGAGGAGAACUGGCUCUCCGACGUCAUCUUCACCACCGUCCAGACACAAGCAGAUCUCACUAAAGUCCGCGCCGGCGCCAACGGGGACUUCCAAACGGCCGCGCUCUCCAACGCAAUCAACACGGACGAAACCAACGAACUCGUCGUCAAAGCCUGGCUGGCCCGCGCCAAGGAUCGCAAAUCCACCCUCGUCUUCUGCGUGGACCUGAACCACGUCACCAGCCUAACGGCAAAGUUCCGCCAAUUCGGCAUCGCAGCCGAAUUCGUCACGGGCGAUACGCCCAAGAAGCUCCGCAGCGCCAGAGUCGAUGCCUUCCGCAACGGAGAGUUCCCCGUGCUGCUCAACUGUGGCGUUUUCACCGAGGGAACCGAUAUCCCUAACAUCGACUGCGUGUUGCUCGCCCGGCCGACGAAGUCGCGCAACCUCCUUGUCCAAAUGAUCGGCCGCGGUAUGCGGCUCCACAAGGGAAAGGAAAACUGCCACAUCAUCGACCUCGUCGCGGCCCUAAGCACCGGCGUCGUGUCGACCCCGACUCUCUUCGGCCUUGAUCCUGGCGAAAUCGUCGAAGAGGCCGACACGGACGCCAUGCAGAAACUCAAGGAGCGCAAGGAACGCGAAAAGCAAGGCGAAGAGAACGUCGCACAGGCUGAGAAGGACGUCGAAAGGACGGCAUUCAGGGGCAACAUCGUCGGGCCCAUCACCUUCACCGACUACGACUCGGUGCACGACCUCCUCGCCGACAGCACCUCGGACCGGUAUAUCCGCUCGCUCAGCAAGUACGCGUGGGUGGCCGUCGGGGACGCCAAAUUCGUCCUCACGACCAACUCGGGGAACUACCUCGUCAUCGAGCCGGCAGCCUCUCCGUCCCAAUCUACUACCGCCGCUUCCCUCCGCUCCGAUCAGGACAUCGAUGUGGACAUGGGCAUCCCGCCCACCCAAUCCUUCACCGCAAAAUACUACCGCAAACUGCCCCCCAGCGCGGCCUCGCGCUCCAAGUCCCCCUACGCCACGCCCCGCGUCGUCGCGUCGGCCGACUCGUUCGAGCACAUAGUGCACGCGGCCGACACGUUCGCGGCCGAGGUAUUUGAGCACAUGUGGAUCUCGAGCCGGGCGGCGUGGCGGAAGCGGCCGGCUAGUGCGGCGCAGGUCGAGUUUUUGAAUAAGUUGGAUUUGGGAAAAGACGGAAAGGAUGGCAAGGGGAAAGGGAUUGCCGGGGGAGUGUUGACCAAGGGAAAGGCGGCGGAUAUGAUUACCCGGUUUAAGCAUGGGGCGAGGGGGAGGUGGGAGAGGGGGAGUAGGGAGCGGAGGGGGGCGGAGAGGGUGAGGAGGAGGGAGGAGGAGGUUAGGAGGAGGUUGGCUGCGGAGGUCAGGGUGGGGCCGCUCGAGGGUUAG